CAUGAAGCUCCUGGUUUUCGUCUCGAUACUUGUGGCAGCAGCGUCCGCUGCGCUCCAAUCCUACAACCUGCCUACGCAAUCUGAAGCUACGCAAUCUAUACCUACGCAAUCUGAAUCUACCCCGUUAAACGGUGGGUGCAAAGAGGGCGAAGUUCUUAAUGUAUUCGGUUCAUGUGUCGUCCCUACCGUCUCUCGCCAAGUGUUCUUAUUCACAAUCCCCGAACAGCCUGAGUCUUAUGGUCCAUCCCCAGAAAUCCCUCCACCCAGGGUUGAACACAACAUCUUAUUCAUCCGCACUCCUGAAGGAGGCCAGGGACCUGAGCCCAUCAUCGUGCCGCCGCCCAGGCAGCAACACGUAGUGUACGUCCUCAACAAACAGUCAGACCAGAGUCAGCGAGUCAUCGAGGUUCCUGCUCCACCGUCCGAGAACCCUGAGGUGUACUUCGUCAACUAUGGUGAAGGAGAUAACCCGACCCUGCCUGGUGGUAUAGACUUCCAGACCGCCCUCAACUCAGCAAUCCAAGGUGAUGGUCAGGUCAUCGCCGGGGCUGGAGGACUUUCUGAUAACAAUGGCGGUACUUUUAAUGGUAACAGAAACGGUCAAGGAUUUGUCAGCAAUGGUGAAAGUGCUGAAGAUUAUAGCAGCGCUGGAGGUAAUACUGGUUUUAUAGAUAACUCUGAAAGAAAUCACGCGGUGGAAGUCAGUUUUGGAGGCAAUAAUGGAUUUCAAGGCGUUGUAGUGGACACCGAUAACUCUGGGAAUAGUGAUUUAGUAAACAACAACAACUUCGUAAACAACGGUGCACCUGAUGGUAAUAAGUACAGCGGCUUCUCUGACUUUAAUGUUGAUUUCCAAGUCGAAGGUGGACUUGAGAGUCAAAGUCAUGAUGACAACCAUAAUAAUGGAAAUGGUGGACGUGACGUGAACACCGGCGGUACUGGCGCGAUUAAACUCAUCGCUGGAGAUUCCAUUACUAACACAGGAAGCAAUGGGGUUACUAAUAAUAAUGGAGCUAAUGGCUUUGAAAUCACCGUUGGAGCUGCUAACGGUCAUGUUCAGAAUGUAGGAAGAAAUGGAUUUGCACUGAACUUCAUAGGUGAGAGUAAUCUAGGUGUUGGUGGUGUUGCUGGUCUAGGAGUCACCAGUGAAUCCGUGUCGACUGGAGGAAGUGUUGGCUAUGGUGACAACACCGCGAGUAACGGGCUGGUUGUUUACAAUGGAGUCAAUGAAAAUAAUGGUUACAAUGGAGUCAGUGGACUUGGCAGUAGUGGAAUCAAUGGACUUAAUGGCAACAAUGGAGUCAAUGGACUUAACAGCAAUGGAGUCACUGGACUUGGAAACAAUGGAGUCAAUGGACUUAGUGGUAACAAUGGAAUCAAUGGACUUGGAAACAAUGGAGUCAAUGGACUUAGUGGUAACAAUGGAAUCAAUGGACAUAACGAUUACAAUGGAAACGGUGGCCUCAUCGGACUUAACAGAAAUGGUGCUAACAUCAGUCCCAACGGUGGUAGUGUUAACAUCAAUGGUGGUCACACUAGACCUAUUGGAUUCAGCAGUAACACCCAAACUAACACAUUCGCCGGUAACACCAACCUCAAUGGAAGCAACAAUGGUGCUACUGGUACUGGUGCUACUGGUGCUGAUGCUACUGGUGCUAGAGGUACUGUUACUAACACUAUCGUCAAGGCAAACUUUGGUGUCAGCUUAGCAGCCUCGGGCACCCAGGGCGACGACACUUUAACUCCUUCCUCCAACAAUAUCCGAACACCGUCAGGUUUUUACUCCACGCCUUAGGACACCCCCACCCUCGCCUCCUCCAAGCAACGACGAUUCUUUAUUAUAUCUUUCAUUACUUCCGCUCAAACUGUCUUAAUUUUCAUCCCUCCAAGUAACGAGGAACCAUUAUUAAAAUUGUGACCUCAAAUUACUAAUGCUCAACUGUUUGUAUCAUCAGGAAUAUAGUUUGUUUUAGUGUUUGAGUCGUUCCUUUAGUUAGGAACACAUGAUUUUUUAACAGACUUGAAUGUUGUGGUCUUGUUUUACUGUCAAAUGAGAAAAAUCAUGUUUAGAUUUUUUUUAAAUAAAGUUUAUUUUUAGCAUUA